UAACAACGAAGGAUUUAAGUGAAAAUUUUCUCAACCAAACCUAGACAAGCCAUCUCCAGCAGACAACAGUCGAAAAGCCAUUUUUCCUUGUUUCAUUUCUGAUCCAAAAUUUAUAAGAACAAUGGAUUUUACAAAGCUGUUGCCAGAAGACUGCGUGUGUCUGAUCAUAUCAUUGACUUCGCCUCGAGACGCACUUCGAUUAGCCCUGGUUUCUCCUGCCUUGAGAUCAAUUGCAGACUCUGAUGCUGUGUGGGAGAGGUUUCUACCUUGUGAUUAUCAGAAAAAUAUUUCAGGAUCCUCAUCUCCAUCUUUGCUUUCAUGGGCAAAGAAGGAUCUUUAUUUUUAUCUCUCCUCUCAUCCCAUUCUCAUUGAAAAUGGUACCAUGAGCUUUCAAUUGGAGAAAGAGACUGGGAAAAAAUGCUAUAUGCUAGGGGCAAGAGCACUGUCGAUUAUAUGGGGAGAGACGCCUGAGUAUUGGAAUUGGACAGAUCACCCUGAUUCUAGGUUCUCUGAAGUUGCUGAGCUCAGGUUAGUGUGGUGGCUGGAUGUGAAGGGAAAGAUUGAGACCAGAAAGUUAUCUCCCGGAACAAACUAUGCAGCAUACCUUGUGUUUAAGCUUAGAAGGAGAAGAUAUGGGUUUAGACAGAGAACUGUAGGUGUGCAUGUGAACAUGGAAGGAACCACAUCAGGGGAAGUAAGGAGUGUGUCUCUAGACUAUCCACAAAAUGUUCCCCAACAAGCUCAAGAAAGAGGAGAUGGAUGGAUGGAGAUUGAAAUGGGUGAGUUUUUGAAUGAAUGUGGAGAUGAUGGGACAGUGGAGUUUUGCCUUCGGGAGAUCGACUGUAAUUACUUUAAGAGUGGCCUCAUUAUUGAAGGAAUUGAGGUGAGGCCUAAAAAUGUUGGUAGAUCGAUCGACCAAGUGGACCAACUGUAAAAUCCAUUACCACUCUACUGCAUGCCCAAGUGGUGAUGCGAGAUUAAAGAUGGAAUUUGUUAAGUCAUGAUAUGAGCCGGGAGCAAUUGAAAUAGUAAUGAUCGUCUGCUUGCUGUGCGUAGAUCCAAAAUUUUGUUUUAGAACCUUGGCUUAGAAGAAACACAAGAAAUUAACAAGUAGCAUCUACAAUAUCAGCAUAAACAUGUUCUUGUUGUCUGUUUUUGACCUUGUGUGUUGGCUUUUUGAUAGGAAAAAUAUGUUAUUUACCUAGUCACUGAACGUUGAUCAUAAUUUCAUCAACAUCACUGAACUCUAAUUUAUCCCAUUAAAAUAUUUUUUUUUAUGGUACGAAAAAAUUCAAUAUAGAUAAGUUGUUCAAUCUUUCAAGUCAAGGUAAGAUGUAUUGUAUUUGACAACUUAAGACAAGUGGUUGCGGAUAGUGUUCUAAGAGCAACCAUGAAUUUUUUUUCUGUUUCGUGCUUGUUUGUACAUGGCAAUGGAUUACUCUUUCUCUAGUAGAUAUCACCUCAGUAGACAAAUUUUCAAG